AGGUCGGAUCGGUCAUCGCAACCUUUUAUCAUGGCGCCUGCUGAGAGCAUCACCAAGGCUUCGUACCGUGAGGUCGUCAAUGCCUUUGGCCUGCACGAGUACGGCCAAAUGGCCCUUUUUGCUGGCGCCGCGGCAGCCUUUGCCAUUCGUGCCGGCCCCGCUGUGCAAGCCAAGCCGGCAGCCUGGACAGCUGCCAUCCUCGGCCUGAUGGGCGGCUUUGGCUCCUCCUACAUUACCACCUCUUCACACGAAGAUGAAGAUGUGUACUACUCGACACACUUGAGGGGAGAACGAUUGUCUGACAUUUCCGGUCGAACAGACCACCACCAACAUGCGGGUGACCCAGCUCGGUUUGCAAUUCUAUCGGGCGAGAUGGUAUGGCGAAGCAAGGGAUGGGGCAAGCAGAGAUACACCACCAUUCAUGGAUUGGACGCAAGCAGGCGGUGGUCGUCAGCGUGCAUCGGCACCACGUGUGCUCAGCACCUCGCCCAUCUAACGGUGGAACUUUUGUUGCUACUUGCCGGCCAGAACAAGCGCAAUAAGAAGCGCAUGUCCAUCUAUACGCAAAACUUUGGCUUUCGUCAACCUUUUCAAGUCCUAGUCGACGGUACCUUUGCCCAGGCAUGCUUGGACAGUCAAAUUCACGUGACAGAACGUCUGCCUGAUCUACUUGGCGGUCCUGUCCAGAUUUUCACAACCAAAUGCCUCUACGUGGAGCUGGAUGCCAUCGGCGAAGACAUGCACGGUGCCAAAGUUUUGUUGCGCAACUUCAAGUUUCGCCGCUGUGGUCACAAGCCCACCAUCAUGGCCGGAAAAUGCGUCAAAAACCUGAUUGGCCCCAAGAAUGAGCAUCGAUUUGUCGUGGCAACACAGGACAACCGCCUGAUGCGCGAUCUGGCCGCCAUCCCAGCCCUGCCCGUCAUCACUGUCCUCAACAACCGCCCCAUCUUGCUCAAACCGACCGUGGCUACAGAGCAAGCUGUGGCUGCCCUCACAGCCCGCAAGAUUGGAGCCCCGGUCCCCGCCGCAGCUGCACCUCUUAAAACCCGACCCGCGAGUUCAGCCACCUCUGGUGCUGUACGUUCCUCCGGGCCUGCAGGUGCGAGUGCAGGUGCCACUCAACCUCGCCACAAGAAGAAGAAAGGACCCAAUCCGCUCAGCAUGAAAAAGAAGCAGCCCAAGGGCCGUGAUCAACAACGUGGCAAGCGCCAAGCCGAUGCUGGUCCAACCGAUGCUAAACGUGCCAAGCCCGCGUGA